UUUGCAGAGAACCGUGGAACGGCUAUUUUGGGAUUAUGCUUGUUCUUGCUCAAAGAUUACCUUCUUCAAUUAUAUUUUGAAUUGGGGAGAUUCUUGGAAUGGAUGGUUUUAAAUGCUUAUUGGCGAUGUGCGUUUACAGGGGAACGACGUGCUUACGGGCCGCAGGCCUUUUUGGGCUUUUGCUUUGUUUGCGGAAUGUUGCAUCCGGACAAAUUUUAUAUACGGUUUCUGAGGAGGUAAGUCAAGGAACAUUUGUUGGAAAUGUAUCGAAGGACCUGAAUAUUAGAGUAACGGAACUGGAAUCGCGCAUGUUUCAGAUUAUAGCGGGAUCAACUAAGAAAUAUUUUGAUAUAAAUUUAAAAACUGGAAUUCUGUUUGUGAAUGAAAGAAUAGACAGAGAAGAACUGUGUUCGAACAGCCAAAUAUGCUCUAUAAAACUGGAAGCAGCCGUAAAUUUUCCUUUGACCCUGUUUCGUAUUGAAAUUAAUGUAAGAGACAUAAAUGACAACGCUCCAAUUUUUUCAGAAAAAUCAAAGAACAUUAAAAUCGCCGAAUCGUCUGUGGUUGGAGCAAAAUUCCCGUUGCUUAAUGCAGAAGAUCCCGACGUGGGGAGCAACUCCGUAAAAACGUACAGACUCAGUUCAAAUGAAUAUUUUGCUCUCGAGGUAAACAGCGACAGCGAUCCAGUGUCUGCUGAGUUAGUGCUGCAAAAAGCUUUAGACCGAGAAAAACAGGCGGUGAUCCGACUCGUACUCACGGCUGUUGAUGGAGGAAAACCACCGAAAUCCGGGACAACUGAGAUAAUCAUUAAUGUGCUGGAUGCAAACGACAACGCGCCAGCAUUUGACCGCAAAUUAUACAAGGUUCGGGCUGCUGAAAACACUCCACCGGGAACAGUAAUAAUAAAACUCAAUGCAACAGAUCCAGAUGAAGACAUAAAUGGAGAAAUUAUUUAUUCCUUUAGCACAGAAGGUUCCAAGAACAUCUUGACCAUCUUUGCGAUUAACAAUUCUACUGGUGAAAUAAGGGUUAUGGGAAACCUCGAUUACGAGGAGAGUAGCGCCUACGAAAUCCGAAUUGAAGCUAGAGACAGAGGCCAUACCCCUCUGGCAUCGCACUGUAAAGUCCUGGUGGAAGUAACUGAUGUGAAUGACAAUGCCCCAAAUAUCAAAGUAACGUCGCUUGUGGAUGAAAUCAGAGAGGAUGUGAGACAAGGAACCGCCAUUGCACUGGUAACCGUUUCUGACAAGGACAGUGGGAAAAACGGCAACGUACAUUGCUCAAUUUCUGGAUCAUCUUCAUUCUCAUUAGAAAAUUCUUAUAGCCAUUACUACUCUAUAAAAAUAAUAUCGGAUCUAGACAGAGAAAGCGUUUCUCAAUACAACUUGACAAUCACAGCUACAGAUGAGGGAACUCCGCCUCUGUCCAGCACCAGCGUCAUUACUGUGCACGUUUCUGAUGUGAACGACAACGCGCCGCGUUUCCCAGAGCCGAUGAUAAAUAUCUAUGUAAAAGAGAACAAUCAGAUCGGCACCGUUAUACAUACCGUGACUGCGGCUGAUCCGGAUGAAAAUGAAAACGCCCGAGUUUCUUAUUCGUUAAUUGAAGGCUCUUCAGCCAGUUAUUCUAGUGUAAUAAACGUUAAUUCGGCCAGUGGGGAGAUAUACAGCCUACAGUCUUUUAACUACGAAGAAAUUAAAACGUUUCAGUUUCAAAUUCAGGCCACAGACUCUGGUGAGCCUCCUCUAAGCAGCAACGUGACCGUGAAGGUUUUCAUCCUGGAUGACAAUGACAACAGUCCUGGGAUCCUCCUGCCCUAUUCGGACCAGGGCUCCGUCAGUACUGAGAGCAUUCCCUACUCUGCCGAAGCGGGCUACUUCGUGGCCAAGAUCAGAGCUGUAGAUGCGGACUCUGGUUAUAAUGCGCUGCUCUCUUACCACAUCGCCGAACCCAAGGGAAGCAACCUGUUUAGAAUCGGAACCAGCAGCGGGGAGAUACGGACUAAGAGGCGAAUGAGUGACAAUGACCUGAAGACUCACCCGCUGGUCAUUUUGGUUUCUGAUGGCGGAGACCCAUCCCUGUCAGCCACCGUGUCUAUUGACGUCGUGGUUGUUGAAAGUAACAGUGAAAUUCAGACCCACUUCAAACAACUGCCUACCAGAGAGGAGAGUUUUUCGGACUUAAACCUGUAUUUGCUGAUCGCCAUCGUGUCAGUGUCGGUGAUAUUUCUGCUGAGCCUCAUCAGUUUGUUAGCCGUGAAAUGCCACAGGACGGACACCAGUUUGAGUAGAUACAGCGCUCCGGUGAUCACCACACACCCCGACGGGAGCUGGUCUUACUCUAAAUCCACCCAGCAGUAUGACGUGUGUUUUAGCUCAGACACACUGAAGAGUGACGUAGUGGUUUUCCCGGCGCCGUUCCCGCCUGCCGAUGCCGAACUGAUCAGUAUUAACGGGGCUGAUUCUUUGAAACGGAACCAAACACUGCCGACUCGGGAAAAGGUAAGACAGUAA